AUGAAAGAAAUCAAAUCAUGUGAUAUCGUCCUUCCAUCUCCGAGUCUUUAUAUACCUAGUGGGACAUCAUCAUUAAUUAUCAAAGGAGAAAUUAAACUCGUACUUUCGACUCCAUUAAAGGUUACUCAAGUUGUCUUAAAACUUCAUGGAUUUUCUCAAUUUAAUAAUUCUCAAAAAUCUACAACACGUAAUCUUACUACAAAAGAUUUGACUAAACAAAAACUUACCGUUGUUAAUGUUACAAAAACAUACAAUCCUGGUGAAACUAUUCUUCCAUUUUCGAUCACUUUAAAAUCUCCACAAAAUCUUCUUGAAAGUGUAGAGGGUAAACAUGCCGCUGUACGUUAUGUUUUGACUGCGGAAUUAACCAAGGCGAAUCCGCACGCUAUUUACAAAACCUCGAAGAAUGUAAUUCUUCGUAAAAAUAUAUUUACUAAUGGGGUGGAUAUUAAUGAUAAAGUUGUGUAUGAAGGUGAAAGAGAAGGAUUAUUGAAAUAUAAGGUUGAAGUUUCCAAGUAUAUGGUAAUCGAAGAUGAUGGUUAUGUUGGUGAAGAAAAUGACGAUGAUGAUUCUCCAUGCGAAAAUCCACGUGGUAAAGUAAAAGUAGAAGCUACGUUCGAAUCAUUAGAUAAAGCUGGCGUUAAAGAAGUGAAAGUUGAUGCUUUUGAAUAUGAAAUGUAUAAUCUUGCAAAAUUCAAUUCUACAACUGGAGUUUCUUCGUCAAGUGGUUCAACUACUACUGCAAAAUCAUCAACUUCAGCUCCUAAGCCUAAAACUCCUACUACAAGAGCCGCACCAAAGAUUCCGGCAUUUUCUAAUGUUAAUAUACAAAAUCCUCAUCAUACUAAACCCCUUCUUACUCCCUCGCUUACAAUCCCUGUGUCUUCUAAUGCAUCUGAACCCGUAACUUUUGAAAUUCCUAUACAUAAAAGAAUGAAGCCUGAUUCAAAUAUCAAUUUUUUGGAAAUAAAACAUGAAAUUAUUAUGACAAUAAGAUUUGAUAAAUUCAUGUUAACUCCUUUGAAACUUGAAGUUCCUAUUUCUAUUAUAACCAUAGGUUCAUAA